UUCGUCUUCCAAUCCCAAUCCAUAAGGAAUCCCUGAGAAGAGGGAUAAACGAUGAUGCCCUCCCUAACCAUUUCUCUCCAAUCUCUCAAGCUCUCAUCCCCAUUCACCCAUGGCUCCACACCUCUCACUUCUCUCUCCAAACCCAUUUCAUUUCCCAACCCUAGGAGACCCGCUCUCUUUCCCGCCGUCAGGGCCAUGAAGACGAUGCAGGGGCGCGUGGUCUGCGCCACCAACGACAAGACGGUGGCGGUCGAGGUGGUGCGUCUUGCUCCGCAUCCCAAGUACAAGAGGCGCGUGAGGAAGAAGAAGAAGUACCAGGCUCAUGACCCUGACAACCAGUUCAAGGUGGGUGACGUGGUUAGGCUGGAGAAGAGCAGACCCAUCAGCAAGACCAAGUCCUUCGUUGCUUUUCCCGUCGUUUCCAGGGGCGGCAGGAAAGAUGGAGGCGCUGAUGCAGCCGGGAACGACCUUGGGAUUCCAUUGGAGUCUCAGCAGCAGCAGCAGCAGCAGGUCUAGAGCCAAUUGUGUGAGUGAUGACCGAUCUUUUGGGUAAAAGUUGUCGUCUUUCAGAUUCCAAUCCUACUUCUGUUCCUUUUUCUUGUGCAAAUGAAUGUACCUGUAAUCUGAUUGAUCCUCGUUGCGAAACGGAUUUAGUUUCUCUACAUUACAGUGUCCGUGUUUAUGAUGCAAAUUUAUGUAUGGUUGCAUCUGUGUUACGAUGUGGGUUUAGCACGAGUGUUAACUCCUGGGUGUUAAUUAA